CUAAUCUUGUGGUCGAGCAAUUAAGUAUGAGGAAACGUUCUGCUUCCCAUGAUCUUGGCACAUUCCCAAGCCCCGGAGCUCCACAAUACCGCGGCAGCAGCAUCGGCUACCAAAAGGGUUGGGCCUCGGAACGCGUGCCGCCGCCACAGAUGGCUGCCGGAGGGCGGCAGAUUGGUAUGACGUUCAACAGUGGAAGGACAUUGCCCUCCAAGUGGGAGGACGCAGAGAGGUGGAUUUGCAGCCCUCUCUCUGGAUAUGGCAUUAGUACUAAUAGUAAGAGCUUGAGUUCUCAGCCUCAGAAGAGGCCAAAGUCCAAGAGUGGUCCAAUUGUGCAAACUGCAAACAGUACUAGUAAUGCCUAUUACUCCAAUUCUCAUUCCCCGUUUUCCACCGGAGUUUUGGCUGCCGAAAGCUUGUACGGCGGCGGAGGAGGACCGCUGAAAAGAUUGGCUAGUAGUAUUCCUGGAUGGCCUGAAAUGGGGGAGAGUAAUGGUUGCCCUUCUCCCAAGAUGAAGAACAAUGGAGCAGAGAAGAAUGAGGAGACCUGGGCUUCUCGUGCCGUUUUGCAGCGAGACAUGGCGACCCAAAUGAGCCCUAAGGAUUGCAGGUGCAGCGUCUCCUCUACCAUGGGAAGGUCUUCAUUUGCUUCCUUUCCUUCAGCUCUCCUUUCAAUAAUGGAGCAGCAGAGUAAUCACUCUGCUAAGAUGGAAGUCAAAGAUGUGCAGGUUGACAAAAGAGCCACCAUGAUCCGAUGGUCGAAAAAACGCGGAAGUAGAAUGAGUAAGAAAGAUCAGUCUGAUGCUAACGACUUUGGUGAAAAUGCUAUAGGAGUGUCAUCUUCUUCUUUGGAUGUUUCUGAAGCAGCCAUGAACAACUCAAAGGUGCAAAGAGAGGAAGCAAAAAUUACAGCGUGGGAGAAUUUACAGAAGGCAAAGGCUGAAGCUUCAAUACGAAAACUUGAGAUGAAACUCGAAAAGAAGAGAUCGGCGACUAUGGAUAAGAUCAUAGACAAGCUCAGAACAGCACAGUUCAAAGCCCACAAAAUGAGAAGCAAAUUGUCAUCGGAUCACCAUGAUCAGCAUCAGGAGGUUGCCGCGACUCCACACAAGUUCUUGACAUUCCGAAAGCACGUUUUGGUCGGAUCACUCAGCCGCUUCUUUGUGUGCCGCGCCUUCUAAUUCCUCAGCCAUCAUUCUGUUCUCUUCCACAGCUAACAAGUAACAACCAUGGAGCGUUUUUGGUAAUAUGAAAGUGAAUUGGCUUCUUUUGCUUUCUGUCAUCUAAGCAAUUCUUUUGUUUUUAAAUUCUUUGGAGUUUUGGAUGAGGACCAAAAGGAAAAGAUUGAAUCAGCUUGUGGAUGUGGGGUUU